AGGUGAAUGGCAAAAAACAGCUGUUCAGUUUUGUUUUCCUUUCCUUUAAAUUUCUAGUUUCUUCAGAUUAAUUUGGCCUUGAGCACCUUCGUCGCCCCCACCGAAAUUUCGACCCCCUUCAGACAUGCGCCAAACGGAUCCGGCGCCCCCUGCCAAUACGCCUAUGAGUUUGCUGCUGAGGUGAAGAAGUGGCGGCUGGGUGAAGAAGCAAGCAGUGCUCGUCCAAAAUUGCAAAGUGUCUAUUAUUCGGCCUAUAAAAAUCGGUUAUGUAAAACCAAUAAAGGCCUGCAAACUGCCCACAUAUCAUACUCGUAAAAUUAAAACCUAAAAAUGUUAAUGGUCAUGUGUUCCAAUUUGAGGCGUCCCGGGCACGUGGGCGCCGCAUCCGCCAUGCGGAACCUAAGUUUUCUAAUCAACGGAGGAUAUAAACCGCCGAUCCAGGCACUGUCCCGGCAUUACGUCCAAGCUCCGGAGGCCCGGCCCGUGCCCGAUGAGCGGUUUCCGCCCAACCAGCAGGAGCGGAAGGAUAUCGGAACACAGACUGUGCGGAGCAGCAAGCACAAGGACCAGACUCCGCCUCCGUCACCGUCACCAGGCUCUGCUUCCCUUCCGCCUACAAUGUCCGACCGGAAGACUGAUCCCGCAUUGGAUAUAUCCACCGGAGUGGAAAUGCCCUACAACAUCGAUUGGAUAUUCCCCAGGCUAAGGCACCCUACAAAGUUUUGGUAUUUAGCCAGCCAGUUUGUCGUCUCCAUCGUUGGAAUCUUUAGCAAGAUUGUGCUGACGUUUCUAAACAAACCCCGCAUCUACAACAAGGAGCGUCUGGUUCACCUUGUCUCCAAGCGUCCUCAGGGAGUACCUCUGCUGACCGUGUCAAAUCACUACUCCUGCUUCGACGAUCCUGGCUUGUGGGGUUGCCUUCCACUGGGAGUCGUCUGCAACACCCUUAAGAUACGAUGGUCGAUGGCUGCUCACGACAUCUGCUUCACUAACAGGAAGCACGCACUCUUCUUUAUGUUUGGCAAGUGCAUACCUGUUGUGCGUGGAAACGGUGUCUACCAGGAGGCUAUAAAUCUGUGCAUCGAAAAGGCCGCCCUGGGCCACUGGAUCCACGUUUUUCCCGAGGGCAAGGUAAACAUGGAAAAAGAGGAGCUGCGGCUCAAGUGGGGUGUGGGCAGGAUAAUCUACGAGUCACCCAAGAUUCCCAUCAUUCUGCCCAUGUGGCACGAGGGCAUGGAUGACUUACUACCCAAUGUGGAGCCCUAUGUGAUACAGCGAGGUAAAAAGGUAACUGUGAAUGUGGGUCAGCCAUUGGACCUCAACGAUUUUAUUCUGGACCUCAAAAAGCGUCAGGUGCCAGAACCAAAGGCGCGAAAGCUCAUCACAGAUAAAAUUCAAGAAGCAUUUCGGGACUUGCGGGCGGAGACCGAGAAAUUGCAUAGAGAACGAAACUAAUAAAUUAGCAUGGAAGAGCCUAGCGGCUGACAUUUGUAAUAAUAUUUAUUUGUAUAGUAUUAAGCCCAAAAUGAACCCUCGAAAGCCCUUACAAUCCAUUUAUUAUAAUUAUAAUUCCGUGUAUUAUGGUUAAUUAUUCGCGAUGUAAUUGCUGGAAAGGCACUUUAAGUGCGACAGUGUGCAUUAUUAGUGUAAAUAUACAAUUGAAAUUCAUCUGAGUAGAGGGAAUUAUCUGGCUGAUAAAAUAAAAUGUUGAUCCUAGAAUUCUA